AUGGCGACGGACGUGACCACAGGCGAGGGCGAGGGCGAGAGCACAGGAGUGGAGGAAGAGGAUCUCAUCAGCCGGCUGCCCGACGGCGUCCUCGGCGACAUCGUGUCCGUGCUCCCCACCAGGGACGCCGCCCGCACGCAGGUGCUCUCCUCCCGCUGGUGCCCCAUCUGGCGCACAGCUCCACUCAACCUGGACAUCCGCGGCUACAUCGUCGCCGGCGGCGGCAGGCGCGUCAGCGCCGGCAAGAUCUCGCGCAUCCUCUCCAAGCACGACGGCCCCGGCCGCCGCUUCUGCGCCCCGCUCGAGUGCUUCUUCGACCUAGGCGGCCGCUACGCCGGGGCACUGGACACCUGGCUCCGGUCCCCCGCCCUCACCGGCCUCCAGGAGCUCGAGUUCCACCUGGGCCUUCCGCGCUGGAGGGCGACGCCGCCGCCGCUACCGGCGCCAGUCCACCGCCUCGCGUCCACCCUUCGCGUCGCCAGCUUCGGCGGCUGCGCCUUCCCCGACGGAAACGGCGGCGCGCUCCGCUUGCCGGUUCUCCAGAAGCUGAGCCUCUUGGAUGUCAAGAUCUCGGAGGGCACCCUGCAUGCCUUGCUCGCCGGCUGCUCUGUGCUUGAGAGCUUGCUGCUAGGUGACAACAAUGGCUGCUCUCUCGUCCGGAUCGUGUCCCAAAGCCUCAAAAGCAUCGGCCUGCGUCCUGGUCCGGGAGAGAUCAAGGUGAAACAGCUCCUCAUCGAGGAUGCCCCAUGUCUUGAGAGAUUGCUUCUUUUAGGAUCAGGGUUUAGCAUGGGAAUGGUCAUCUCGGUAAUCCGGGCGCCAAGAUUGCAUGCUCUGGGGCAACUGGCAGCUUACGACCCUACCCUUGAGUUUGGCACCACAGUGUUUCAGGGAUCGCAGAUUGUUAGCGUGGCGACAAUGGUGCAAAAUGUGAAGAUUUUAGCUAUCACACAGUUGGAUCUUAGUUUGGAUGUGGUCAUUAACUUCUUGAAAUGCUUUCCCUGCCUGGAGAAGCUGUACAUCAAGGUGACCAAACUUAUUAUCCCAUAG